AUGACGGUACCAACCUCGAUAGUCGAAUCUUCGUCCUGGAUCGAAGAAAGGCUUCUUCAGCUGGCUGGUAUCAAGGAAGCUAAGGUGAUUUACGCCGAAGUAGGAGAACGCAAUGAUCCAGCUCUAGCAGUGGCCAUCUCACUGCAACACAAUACCCAUGCCAAAGCUGCUGAUACAACUGCGGCGCUGAAGAGCUACCGAAACGCUAUUAAGAAGGAAGCCAAAGCUCAAUUUCCUCGACACGUACAAAGCAUACCUAAGAAAUGGGUUGUUCUCGAACAACUGCCAACCACUCCUUCUGGAGAAAUUGACGAGAAGGCACUCCGAAACGAAAUACAAGGCUCGGGGACAAAUGGACAUCAUAGUGACCGGCCGAUUAGCGACCGAAUAAACCGAAUUAUUGCAACCGCUCUGCAGAUCACGGAGUCAAAACUUGAUCUGUCGGCGAGCUUUAUCCGGCUUGGAGGAGACUCCAUUACGGCUAUAGAAGUAAUGUCGCGCUGUAUGGCCGAGGACAUUUUACUAGAAGUAGGGGACAUACUUGGCGCGAAAAUGAUAUCUGAUUUGUAUGCCAAAGCAGAAAGACAUCCUCUUCGCGUGAAUGGCACGUCAAGAUUGAACGACAAGAUACAUCAGUCUGAAAUGGAGCUCAACGGGACACUUGAAAGUGGUAACCUGACACAGUGGGAGCUGUGCGAACAGGACAUUCAUGGCAUAAAAACUGCAGUUCAUUCUUUCGAAUUAAGACACAGUCUAAUUCGGGAGACCAGCAACACGCAAUUCGACCUAAAUGUGAUGAUUGCUUGCAUCGCGGCACUGGUUCAUUCACUACAAGAACAUUUCCCUGGUCGCGAUGCGUUACAUGUGGACGUUGAUGGCACCAGAACAAUUGUGUUCAAGAGAAGCAUCACGAAUACAACCGCGAAUGGCCGUAGGGAACUCCUACAAUAUUGCAGAGACGAGUUAUUAUGUCCGAGAAACAACUGCAGAAGGCCGAACCAGAAAGGCGGUUUGGUGGACAUGUCCAUUCGGUUCAGCACUCCUGCGAAACUAAAUGGGCGUGAGAACGCCUAUUGUGAAAAAGGGACAGCUGAGAUGAGAGUCUCAGCUGUGUUCAAUGUUGAAGGUUUGGCCCAUGAGGCUGGGUCGCGAAUAAAAGUGAACAUGACAUUCCCGCAGAAGCUGCAACACCACCAGUCCACAGAACAAGGCUGGACCGAACAAGUUAAAACGAAUAUGGGAACAUACCUCGAGUCCCUGGAGUCAUUGGAAGACAUAGUCUCAUUUUAUAACUUUCCUUUGUUCGAUGGAACUUAUUCUCAUUUGAAUAAAGUCUUGGAUUCUGCCAAGGCAAAGGGCUAUUCCGAGAUCGAGGACAUCUACCCUUGCACUCCAGUUCAGGAAGGCAUGGUCAUAUCACAACUGCGUUCUGAUCAGGCGUACAUCAUUGAUACCACGUUCUCGGCUCGUUUGAAGGGCAGUUUGAAAGCAUUUUCAGCCGUGCAGAUCGAGAGUGCUUGGACGAAGGUGGUAGCUUGUCAUGCAGCACUACGCACAAUAUUUCUACCUUCUUUCGGGGAAAGCUCUGCCUUCGACCAAGUCGUUCUAAAGACGAUAUCGCCUGAUAUUAAACGGUACAAAAGCGCUCUCAACAUGGAAUCUGCACUGAAAGCUUUGGACACGUACCCAGUGGAAGCUCUGUCUCCAACUCGGCCGGGUCAUCGUCUGCUGAUUUGCGAAACUGAUGACGGGACGGCCGCCUGCCGUCUGCAGAUUAGCCACGCGAUUGUGGACGGCAUGUCUGUUGAGAUUUUGUUCAAAGAUUUGAUACUUGCUUAUGCGGAGCAGCUGCAACAGAGUGUUUGCCCACCAUUCAGCAGUUAUGUGUCAUUUGCGCAAGGUCAGACUAAACGCGUGAGACUGGGCAAGACAAGUCUUGACUAUUGGCUGGAAUACACUCGUAAUUUGACGAGCUGCCAAUUUCCUCAGAUUGCUGAGGAAUCUAAAAAGCCGAGGGAGUUCCUAACUCAGUCGAUUGACAUUGAUGGCGCAAAACUGCAAAAUUUCUGCCAACAGCAUGGAGUUACAAUGGCGACAUUGAUACAGACAGCAUGGGGUAUCGUACUUCAAGGAUACACACUAAGCAAUGACGUCUGUUUUGGAUAUGUGUCAUCUGGUCGCGACGCCGCUCUAGAAGGGCUCCAAAACAUGGUUGGAACGCUGAUGAACUUGCUGAUCUGCAGAGUUACUUGCCUGGAAUCAGAUACCUUCUUAGACCUGCUGCAUCGACUUCAGUCAGAGCUGGGUGCUGCUUUGAGAAACCAGAAUGUUUCACUAAGCGCCAUACAGAACUCGAUGAAUUUGGAACAGAGUUUGUUCAACACCAUCGUAUCGGUAAUCUAUCCUUUGCACGAGACGAAUGGUAACAUGUCACCCCUUGAGAUUGAUGUGUUAUCCAACCGGGCGCCAACGGAGUAUGACGUUGCAGUCACUCUUCAUUUAACGAAAGAAACCCCUUCCCUGUAUCUCGACUACUAUACGUCAGUCAUGUCCCACGAAGACGGUCGGCGACUUGCCAGGUCUUUCCGAAAAGUCUUGGAUGACAUUGUUUGCAAUCCAACUGCGCCGGUGAAAGACUACAGUGUUGUCAGCACCCUUGAUAUUGAACGAAACUUGAAGGCCUAUAAUUUACUUCCGCCACUAGCAGAGUCCUGUACCCAUUGGCUCAUUGAACGUCAUAUUCAACAGCGACCAGAGGAGCAGGCUGUGGCAUCAUGGGACAGAAAUCUGACUUACAAAGAGCUGGGAUCAUUUACUUUCCGGUUAGCACAGACAUUAGAACAACGUAACAUCGGUCCGGAAACAGUCGUUGCGCUUUGCUUCCCCAAGUCAUCUUGGGCAGUGGUUUCCAUGGUAGCUGUCCAAAUGGCUGGUGCUGCUUUUGUCCCUUUGGAUCCCCAUGCGCCUCAGUCUAGAAUACGAGCAAUGUUGCAAGACGUCGGGGCCAAACUUUGCCUCUGCUCAGUUGAAUAUGAAUCCCUAAUAAAGGAGUCAGGGGUCACUAGCCUCAGAGUUAGCGAAGAGUCGUUGCUGGCAAUGCCUCUGCCUGCCAGCGCUCCGACAUCUUCAGCUACGCCGAAAAACCUCUGCUAUGUUAUUUUUACCUCUGGAAGUACAGGCAAACCCAAGGGCAUUAUGCUGCAACACGACAGCAUAUGCACGACUAGCGAGGGCUAUGGAAAGCAGACGAACAUCGGACCAGGAACCAGAGUUCUUCAGUUCUCAGCGUACACUUUUGACAUCGGAGUUCUUGAUGUUCUGGUCACCCUUAUGAGAGGCGGCUGUGUGUGCGUGAUAUCAGACCAGGAGCGACUGCACGAUCUGGCAGGUGGUAUCGCUAGGACGACGGCUAAUUGGAUGUUUCUCACACCAACAGUGUCAGAUCUUGUGUCCCCGUCAAUGGUUCCGACUAUAAAAACUCUCAGUCUCGGGGGUGAGGCGAUUAACCAGACAUCGGCUGACCGUUGGGGACAUGUUCAGCAGCUUUACGGACUUUAUGGCCCUGCAGAGGCGUCGGGAUGGUGCGCGUGGAAUCCAUCUUUAAGGGAUUCUAAAACUUCCACAAAUAUUGGAAACCCGCUAUCUAGUGUGUUCUGGGUUGUUGAUCCGGCAAGCGCUGAUAGACUGGUACCAGAUGGUUGUGUAGGAGAACUUAUGUUACAGGGACCACUUCUUGGCCGCGGCUACAUAGCUGCAGACGAACAGUCUCUGAGCAACUGGAUUGAGGAUGCUAAACUACUUCCAAGAGGUAUUCCUCCAGUGAGAGCUUACCUUACAGGCGACCUUGUUCGCCGAAAUGCGGAUGGGACAAUUGAAUAUGUCGGGCGAAAAGACUCACAAGUAAAGAUAAACGGCCAACGGACAGAAAUCUCUGGUAUCGAGUGCGUGCUAUCAGAAUACCUUCCUUGCGAAAUGAGAGGAAUAGUAGAUCUUCUUUCAUUGGAAGAUGGCGCUCGUGAUACUCUGGUCGCUCUGCUUUGGUAUACAUCUGGCUCGAAGUUGUCGCAUUCAGCGCCAAAAAUAUGCUUCGACCCGUCUGAUGAUGAACGUCAACAGAUAGAAAAACUAGACUCGAUGUUGAGAGCGGAGAUCCCGUCGUACAUGGUCCCAUCAAGAUAUUUCAUCCUCUACGGCCAGCCACAGCGGACAGCAUCGGAUAAGAUCAGCCGUAAGGAAUUGGGCUCUCUGGCACGAAAGGCGGGCAUGGCAGGGCUUCUUGGUUUGCAACCUUGCAGUAAAGAGCCAGAAAUGCCUUCUACUCCUAUUGAGUUCCAGAUCCACCGACUGUGGUGUAAAGUUUUGGGAGUUCCAAGACAGAAGAUCGGCAGGAACGACAAUUUUCUACGCAUUGGUGGCGACUCUCUCGCGGCAAUUAAACUUUCUAGUGAAGCAAGAGCAAAUGGGAUCAAUCUCUCGGUUGAAACAAUAUUCAGUAACCCAAAGCUAGCCGACAUGGCCAGAAUGGUGACACCUGACACUACUCCUUUAGAAAACAAGACUCUCCCAUUCGAAUUAAUUCCUUCUGAAUUCAACAUCCCAACUCUGAAGCAACAAAUACAAGAACUCUGUCAGCUGCCGUCUCCCGGCUCAAUUGAAGACAUUUAUCCCUCGGCGACACUUCAAGAAGGACUUAUGGCUCUUUCAGCCAAGUCUCCUGGCUCAUAUGUGGCCAAAAUAAUAUACCGCUUAGCUGGAGGCGCCGAUGUACACCAAUUCAAAGCGGCUUGGGAGAAAACGGUGGAUGCGUGCGACAUACUACGGACUCGGAUUGUUGUCGUAGACAACAUCAUCACCUUUCAAGUAGUUGUUUCGGAGAAAGUUUGUUGGAACUUCAGCACCAAGGCAAAUUUGCGUUCGGUAGUAGCAGGAUUGGACGACACUUCCUUCGGAUACGGUUCGAGUCUUUGCAGCUAUACGCUACAUUUUGAAGAAAAUGACGUUUACUUCAUUUGGCUAUGCCACCAUGCUCUCUUCGACUCCUGGACCAUGACUAUCAUCAUGGAGAUAUUGGGAGCAUUUUACUCGCAAGCGGAGCAACCAACGCUUCAACCGUAUUCAACCUUCAUACGGCAUAUCGUCAACAAAGAUAUGUCAGCAGCAGAAGAGUAUUGGAAGGAACAACUACAAGGUGCCCCAAAAGCCGACUUUCCUAUACGUUUGUCUGCGGCCACUAUGGGAACAAACAGCUACACAACCACCAAUGCUGUUACCAAGACUUCCAUUUCGCUACCCGACCCUGUCGGCACACCUAUUACCAAGGCAUCUAUUUUCCGCGCAGCUUGGGCAGUUGUACUAGGAAAAUAUUGCAACACUAAUGACAUAUGCUUUGGUGCGACUGUGUCCGGCCGAUAUACGUCGAUUGCAGGUGUUGAUAGAAUCGCUGGGCCUAUGAUAGCUUCGGUGCCUGUACGUAUUGCCAUCGACCCGGGGAUUGGAACAUCUGACUUCUUGCAAGCUGUACAAGAUCAGGCUUCCGAAAUGGCAAAGUUCGAACAGUUUGGGCUUCAAAACAUCUCCAAGCUCGGAAGAGAAUUUGCGGAGGCUUGUGAUUUUGCCAGCUUGUUGGUAGUGAACUCUACUGGGACAGGGGAGACUCUUCGCAAUCUGUUUGGUAUAUUGGAAUCGUCUGAGAUUGAGAAAUCCGUUUCGGAAGAUGCUAUGAAGAACUAUUUUAACUACCCCCUGGUUUUGCAAGCUUCCAUAGGGCAAGAUGAUGUCGAACUUGUCUUUGUCUACGACGAAGCUUUCGUCUCUGAUGCCCAAUGUCUUGCUCUGUCCUCUCAUUUGGAGCAUGUUGCCAACCAACUACUUGCCGAAAAGGACUCUCUGCUGGGUUCCAUUACAGUCUCAGGACCAUGGGACUUGCAACAAGCUUGCGACUGGAACCGCAACGAUAUCUCAGUUGUGCCUAAUUGCUUAACUGAUAUGUUCUUGGACAAGGUCGCGCAGAUUCCAGACAACGAGGCGCUAUUCUCAUCUGAGGGCUCAAUGACAUAUGCUGAGCUAAACACCGCGACCGAUGCGUUGGCUUGUUAUCUCCAAAGUCUCGAUUUGCCUCGGAAAUCCGUGAUAGCGAUCUGUUUUGAGGCAUCCAAAUUCGCAGUUAUCAGUAUGCUUGCGAUUCUAAAAGCUGGGCAUGCCUUUAUGCCAAUUGAUCCAUUGCAUCCAGUUCACAGAAGACAACAGCUUGUUAGUGAAGUUGACGCGGAGGUAUUGCUCACUUCAUCACUGUCUACUCGAUCUUGUCAGGGUAUAGCCAAGUUUGUUCUAGAAGUUUCGGGCGAUUUCCUGCGAUCAAUUCGCGACAACAUCUAUGAAGCUGGAGUUCAGCAUAAACCGCUUCCUACAGAUGCCGCCUACAUUCUGUUUACUUCUGGCUCAACAGGGAGACCAAAGGGUGUUGUGAUCGAGCAUUCGGCAAUAUGUUCCAGCAUCACUAGUCACGGAAGGAGAUACGACCUUGGAAUUACAUCGAGAGUGCUCCAAUUCUCCAGUUACGUUUUUGACGCUAGCAUUUGCGAAAUCUUUACAACCUUGGCUUUCGGUGGUGUAGUGUGUAUCCUGCCACAUACUCAGAAGCUGCAAAAUGCGCCUCAAUUUAUUACUUCUGCACGGGUAAACACAGCAUUCUUAACACCAUCGUUCGUCAGCACGUUUACCUAUGACCAGGUCCCGACAUUAGAGGUUCUUGUUCUGGGCGGCGAGGCUCCCACUCCUGAUAUCAUUACAAAGUGGCAGGGUCGCGUGAAGCUUAUCAACGGCUAUGGGCCGACAGAGUGUUGCGUCUACUGCACCUCAUAUACAUAUCAGGCAGGAGACUCAAAUCCUCGUACAAUAGGCACCGGCCAUCAUGGGUUCUGCUGGAUUGGUGACCCGAACGACUAUGACACUCUUGCUCCGAUUGGUUGUAUUGGAGAACUUGUCAUUCAGAGCCAUGCUCUUGCACGGGGUUACUACAAUGACAUGUCAAGAUCAACCUCUGUCUUUCCUGGUGAGCCCAAGUGGCUCCCAGAAUCGGCUCGUAACUCUAUGCUCCGGUUUUAUAAGACAGGAGACUUGGUGCGAUAUAAUUUCAAGGGGGAAAUCGAAUACAUCGGCCGCAAAGAUACACAAGUCAAACUUCGUGGCCAGCGACUUGAGAUUGGCGAAGUUGAGCAUUCUAUUCGAGCCGCUGACGACUUGUUGAGCCACGCGGCAGUACAUUUUUGUAGUCGAACAACGGGGGAUUUCCUGAUUGCCUUUUUGACAUUCUCAACCAUUGAAUCUGGUCCAGUGGGAAGUUCUCUCGAAAGUUUACUGAUUGACAGGAAUAGUUGGACGACAAGCUUCCGCGACCGAAUGGCUACAAUUAAAGCAUAUUUACAAGACACAUUACCGCCAUAUAUGAUACCGUCCUUUUUCAUUCCGCUAUCAGCAAUGCCGUUUAUUUCUUCUAUGAAGAUUGACCGGCGCAAGCUCAAGACACUCACAGAUAGCCUAUCUCUUGAGAGGCUGACAGAAUUCUCCAUGGCAGACCGCAAGCUUCCACCGACUACUGAUAUGGAGUUCAAAAUCAGGGCACUCUGGGCCGAAGUUCUUCGAAUUGACCCAGACCACAUAGGCAAAGAGGACAGCUUCUUGGAAGUCGGUGGCGAUUCCAUCAGUGCCAUACAACUGUCUUCUGCGGCUCGACAACAAGGUUUAGACAUACCAGCCCCAGCCAUCUUUAAGAGCCCUCGACUAAUGGACAUGGCUUUAAACACAAAUCUGGUCACUGCGACUUCUACCAAGGAAGAACAAGUGGUCAAGCCUUUUAGUUUAUUAGGAAGUGCUCAUGUCGAGGACACUAUUCGAAAGCUAAGAGAAAUUUGUGGACUGCAAGAAAAUGAAGUUAUUGAAGACGCAUAUCCUUGUACACCACUGCAAGAGGGUCUCUUAGCCUUAUCUAUCAAGCACCCGCAUUCAUAUGUCGCGAAACAUGUUUACAGACUCCAUGAACAUAUAGAUCUGGACCUUCUUAAAGCAUCAUGGAAACUCAUCUAUGACAACUGUGACAGUCAACGAUUGCGAAUCGUACAAAUAGGAGACGUCUCGCUUCAAGUGUUGGUGGGCGGCGACUUUGUGUGGGAGCAUACCAUUGGCCACAAUCUUCAAAGCUAUCUUCAUGUAGCUCAAACAAUGCAAAUGACAUACGGAUCAAGGCUAUGUCGCUCAGCCAUAAUACAGGACGAAAAUGGCGCGAGUUAUCUAAUUUGGAUCAUUCACCAUGCGGUAGUUGAUGGAUGGACCAUGAAGCUAAUUCUGCGUUCUCUCAAAAGCGCUUACGAAGAGGGUUCCGCUCCCAGAUUCAAUCCAUUUUCUUGGUUCAUUCAAUACGCAUCUAACCUUGACAAAUCACGACUUUGCGAAUACUGGACGAAAGAAUUACACGGAGCUAGAGCAGCCUCAUUCCCACCACUUGCAUCAGCUACGAAGACAAGUCGAUUGGAGAAGGUUACCCGGAUACUUACUAGAGACAUAUCCUUUCCAUCGCGGAUAAACUCCUCUAUUACAAAGGGAACAAUACUUCGCGCUGCGUGGGCGAUGCUGCUAUCCCGAUACAGUGGCAUGGACGACCUGUGCUUUGCGGUGACUGCUUCCGGGCGAAAUGCACCACUAAGUGGGAUCGAAAAUAUUGCCGGGCCCGUGAUUGGAACCGUUCCUAUUCGCGUUAAGAUAGACCCUAAACAAGACUUGGUAGAUUUCUUGGGCCAAGUACAGUCACAAGCUCUGGCGAUGAUGCCGUAUGAACAGAUGGGCUUCCAGAACAUCGCCAAGUUAGGCGAAGAUGCCAAAAAGGCCUGCGAGCUCUCUAGUCUUCUUAUCGUUCAACCAGAGCAACAAGUUGGAGAUAUCCUGAACGCAGCAUCCAGCAUUAUGGAUCGCGAAAAAGAUGACAAGUAUGGAGUUGCAGAGACUUUCGAGGGCUAUUUCACCUUUCCGGUUGUGAUACAAUGCAUGAUGUUCGAGAAUCACGUCAUGGUACACUUGACAUAUGAUAGCAGCAUCGUUUCGGAUUGGCAAAUGAAUUGCCUUUCAGUUCAUUACGACAAUAUAGUACAACAAAUGGCCGAACUGGGCGAGCAACAAAUCGCUGAUGUUUCUGUCGCCGGGCCAUGGGAUCUAAGUCAGGCCAUCUCCUUCAACAACCAUAUGAAGGACGUUACUGUCAACAGCUGUGUGCAUGAAUUGAUUUCACAACGCGCAGCUGAAUCUCCUGAAUCCGAGGCCAUCUUUUCUCGUGAUAUCUGCAUGACCUAUCACGAUCUGGAUACAAAGUCUGACCUUUUGGCAGCAUACCUAGGCACGAAUGGGCUGCAGAGCGAGGACGUAGUCGCUAUAUGCUUCGAAAAAUCUGCUUGGGCUAUUGUUGCAAUGCUGGCAGUCAUGAAGAGUGGUGGAGUCUUUAUGCCAUUAGACUCCUCGCACCCAUUUGCUCGUUCUCAAGGCUUAGUUCAACAAGUAAACGCCAGAUAUGUCAUCGGAUCACCGACGACAGAACGUAUAUGCAGCCGCCUGUCAAGCAAGUCGAUAACUCUUUCAGACUCUUUCAUUAGAGGUUUAACGGGCCGCCGUCCUGUUAAGGAAAACUACAUCAAACCCUAUCCCACAAAUGCAGCCUACAUCCUGUUCACUUCCGGCUCUACAGGGCAGCCUAAGGGGAUCACCGUCAACCAUUCAGCCAUUUGUUCUAGUAUUAUCAGUCAUGGAAAUGAGUUCAAGCUAUCUCGCUCAUCUCGGGUGUUGCAAUUCGCCAGUUACGUUUUCGACGUUAGCUUCUCUGAGAUUCUUACUACCCUAGUAUUUGGAGGCACUGUCUGUGUUGUAUCCAACGAGGAACGCCUACAAGGGAUUUCUGGUUUCAUAAACGACUCAAAUACCAAUGUAGCUAUGCUUACUCCGUCCUUCACUACAACCUUUACGCCAGCACAAGUGCCAUCGCUUAAGACCUUGAUCUUAGGCGGCGAAGCGCCUAGAAAAGACAACUUGACAACUUGGCUGCCUCAUGUUAGGCUCUUAAAUGGCUACGCUCCAGCUGAGUGUUGCAUCUACGCACUUACACAUUCAUAUUCUUCUGUUUCAGAGACACCGACAAUUCUGGGCAAAACUUUGCAUAUGAAUGCUUGGAUUGUUGAGCCUGAUGAUCACAGCCGAUUAGCUCCCAUUGGCUGCGUUGGCGAGCUACUUUUGCAUGGCUUCACCAUGGGUCGAGGCUACGUUAACGAUGAAGAGAGAACCUCCAAAUCAUUCCUGGCAUCAGAUGCUGUUUCCUGGCUGCCAGACAGCCUCCGCCACCCAGACUACAGAAUCUACAAGUCAGGAGACCUGGUCAGGUAUACAUCUGAUGGUGAUAUCGAGUAUAUCGGAAGAAAGGAUACGCAAGUGAAACUUCGUGGCCAAAGAAUCGAGCUUGGAGAAAUUGAAUACAACAUCAAGCAGUCAUCUGCAAAUACCAACAUUGAGCACGUUGCGGUGGAAGUUCUUCGUCAAGGGGCGUCAGAAGCACUAAUUGCUUUCGCAAGCUUCCAUGACACACCUAUCCAGAACUGCGGAGCUGAUGUAAAUGAUGGCAUCCAACAUCUUGCAAUGGACACCGUCUUGCAAGCACGAUUUGACGUACUCCGAGGUCAAUUGAGCAAGAGCUUACCAGCCUACAUGGUUCCGUCAUUCUUCAUGCCGGUUGCCAGAAUGCCAUUUCUCAGCUCCAUGAAAAUUGACAGAAGGAAACUCUUGGAAUACGUCCAAAGAAUGAAUCCGCAUCAACUGAAGGCUCUGUCAAGGUCCCAGACCGAGAGUCUUGAACCUGACACUGACAUGGAAAUUAAAUUGCGAAAUCUUUGGGCUGUUGUGCUCAAGGUUCCUUCUGAAAACAUUGGCAAGGGAGAUCAAUUCUUGCAGAUCGGUGGAGAUUCCAUUUCUGCUAUCCAGCUAUCGACCUUGGCUCUGGAAAACGGUAUCAAGAUCGACGUAUCAAGCGUUUUUGAGGACUCCAAACUCUCUUCAAUGGCAGCGGCAGCAUCACUUGCUACAUUGCCGUUCGCCUUACUUCCCAGAGCAGACAUUGACAAUAUUAUUGCCACAGUUCAACAGAAAUGCUCUCUGAAGUCAGUAGCUGAUAUCGAAGACAUUUAUCCGUGCACGAAACUACAGGAAGGUCUAAUGGCUUUAUCCCUGAGACAGCCAGGCUCAUAUCUCAGCACCAGCACUUACCGUUUACCACAGCAUGUCGAUAUCAGCCGCUUCAUGACUGCAUGGCAACAGACAAUGCAGCAAUGUUCUAAUCUGAGGACUAGAAUCAUUGUUGUUGACAACAAUACUUUCCCGUACCAUACGCAAGCUGUGAUUAAGCAAGCAUUCCAAUGGCCAGAUACGACAGGUCUAAAUUUGGAUUCAUACCUGAAAAGCUUAAAUGAAGUUGAAAUGGGUUACGGAAAGCCUUUAUGUCACUCUGCGUUAGUCCGUGAUGGCGGUGAAUACUACUUUGUCUGGAAGGUCCAUCAUGCCAUAUACGACGGCUGGUCUGCUAAUCUUGCGCUUGAGUUGCUGCACCAGCACUAUAACCAGACUUCAAGUAUCACGUUGCAGCCUUACGUCCGAUUUAUUGAAUACAUCGUCAACUUAGACUCAGAGGCAAGUCGUCAAUAUUGGACAUACCAACUUCGAGGAGCAAGAAAGCCUUCUUUCCCAGCGGUAGGCAAGGUCGUCAAGCCGGCGAUUCCCAAUGUACACAUCUUGAAAGACAAUUUCGCGAUGCCUAGAAGGACAAAGUCUACUAUUACGAAGGCAUCUACCAUUCGGGCAGCCUGGGCAAUUAUUCUCGCACGAUAUAGUGACAUGAAGGACGUCUGCUUUGGCGCAACUUUCGCUGGUCGAUCUGCGCCUGUCUCCGGGCUAGCUACAAUGGUUGGUCCGGUGAUAACAACGGUACCAAUUCGUUGUCAAUUGCCUGAAUACAUGAGAGUUUCAGAGUUUCUAGAGAGAGUCCAGAAACAAGGCUCAGAAAUUACGCCUCAUGAGCAGUUCGGCUUACAGAACAUUGCCAAAUUAGGAGACCAAGCAAGGGAAGUUUGCGACUUCUCUAGCCUGCUCGUUAUUCAACCUGAGCGACUUCUAAGUCAUAGCGGCCAGAUUCUACUGGAGGAUCCUGGGCUAGAUAGUCAGGGAGCUGUUCCUGAGCAAGACAGACAGCAGUACUUCAAUUAUCCUCUUGUCAUUGUAUGCAACCUUCGAGACAAUGAUGUCAUCAUCGAUAUCUACUAUGACAUGAACAUCAUCUCAAAGCAACAAGCUACAACUCUCUGUCAUCAUCUUGACAACGUUACGCAGCAAUUACAAAGUGAAGAGGACAAAACUUUGGGAGAUCUAACACUGGCUGGGAAAUGGGACAUUCAACAUGCCAUCAAUUCUCAACAUAUCAAACCUGCGCAAGCUUCUUGCACCCAUUGGACGAUACAUAAGCAGAUUAGCCAACAGCCAGAUGCUACUGCAGUCGCUUCAUGGGAUGGUGACUUGAGUUAUAUUGAGUUGGGAGCCUCAGCUUCAAGACUGAUGCCAGUCUUGCGACAAAUGGGCGUUGGCAACGAAAUAAUCGUCCCGAUUUGUCUUCCAAAGUCUAAAUGGGCUAUUAUAGCUAUGGUCGCUGUCCAAAUGGCUGGAGGAGCUUUCUUACACAUCGAUCCCACAACCACUUUGGCAUCUCUCAAGUUCAUGCUUUCUGAGACAAGAGCAUCGCUAGUUCUGACUUCGACCUUAACGAACGAGAGAUUCCUCGGCUUGGUAGAUGACACUUUGAUCAUUGACCACAAUUCUGCCGCAACAUUUGCCAGUACUGGAAGUUCAAUUGCCAAUUAUGAACCAACGUCUCCGGAAAACGCCAGUUAUGUUUUUUUUACACAGGACAGUAGCGGCCCGUCCAAGGGCAUUGUCAUGGAACACCAAGCCGUGUGCUCAUCCUCCGAGGCAUAUGGAGCGACCUUGGGUGUUGGUCCGGGAACCCGAGUCUUUCAAUUCUCUCCAUUCUCAUCUCAUGUUGGUAUCCUAGAUGCCUUAGUGACCCUUAUGCGUGGAGGCUGCAUUUGUAUUGCAGCGGAGCAAGAUUGCAAGUCUAAUCUCUCCACGGCUAUCCAUGGGACGCAUGCAAAUUGGGCUUUCCUCACGCCAACUGCUGCAGAUUUGAUCUCACCAAAGAAAGUACCGCAUCUGCGUGUCAUGGUUCUUAGUGGAGAAGCAAUCACGGAGAAAACUAUACAUCGUUGGAAAGAUACAUUGGAGCUAUACAGUAUGUAUGGACCGCCAGAAGCUCCAGUUUGCUCUUGGAACGCCAAUUUGGGAAAGAAUGGAAACCUGGCGAAUAUCGGUCAGCCUCUUGCCAGUGCUUUCUGGGUUGUCGAACCCACAGGGAACCCACGACUCUCUGCACUUGGCUGCGUUGGGGAGCUGGUAAUCGAAGGACCGCUGCUUGCCAGAGGAUAUAUAACUUGUCAUACAAGCGAGGAUAACCAAUUCGUUGAGCAUGUUGACUGGCUUCCAGGCCAGGGUUCUUCCCGAAAAGUGUUCCGAACCGGAGAUCUCGUCCGCAGAAACCACGAUGGAAGCUUCGACUAUAUUAGGCGGAAAGAUGAGCAGAUCGAAUCACAGGGUCUAUCAGUUGAACUCGAAGAGAUUGAUCACCACAUCAACAUGAGUUUGCCCAGCGAUAUGAGUGGCAUCGCGGUCAUUCUCAAGGACUAUCGUACCCAUCGGGAAUCUUUGACAGCUCUACUAUGGUACACAUCCGGAGUCAACCACAGCCCAUCGCCUCUUCGCAUUGUGCAAAACGUCAAGGAAGAGAUGAUCAGCCUAGUUUCUGAGUCAAGGUCCUCCAUGUCGGCUAAACUUCCCAAAAGCAUGGUUCCAGACUUGUACUUGAUCUUCCAUGGUACACCCGAUCGACUCCAAUCGGGCAAAGUUGAUAGGAACCAGUUAAUCGCCAAGGCACAGACAACAUCGACAGAGGACAAACUUCGAUUCACUUGUGACAUGAACAACCGCGAUGCACCUGUCAGCGCUAUCGAAAGGGAGUUACAGUCAAUUUGGUCCUCAAUUUUGAGCAUCCCGUCCGAAUCAAUUGGCAGAUCCGACAACUUCUUACAACUAGGUGGUGAUUCCAUUUCCGCCAUUCAACUAUGCAGUCUUGCCGGUAGUCGUAACAUGACCUUGACGGUAGACACCAUCUUCCGACGACCCAAGCUCUCCGAUAUGGCAGAUUGGCUGGCUGUACAGAAACAAGAAACGAGCCAAACCUACUCGCCUUUCAGUGCACUCGAUUCCAUCAACGCAACGGAGGCAGUGGAUAUUGCGUUAAAGCAGUGCAAGUUGAAAGACAGGACGGCCAUCGAAGAUGUCUUCCAAUGCACCAAACUCCAAGAGGGUCUCAUGGCUUUAAGUCUCAAAGCUUCCGGCUCUUAUGUCGCCAGACACAUCUUGCGGGUGGCAGACGAUGUGGACAUCGGCUGGUUUAAGACUGCGUGGGAGAUGACUUUCCAGUCUAUCGAGAUUUUACGCUCACGAAUUAUUCUCAUCAACAAUUCAGCCUUUCAAGUUAUCGUGGAAGAAAAUAUGCAUUGGAAUGACUCUGAAACUGCUGGGUCGGAAAGGAAAAAGAAUCAGAGCACAAUGACUAGUAUGACCUACGGAUCGCCUCUGGUUGAAUUCGAACUUACAUCAGAUCGACGCUUUGUAUGGACGAUCCAUCAUGCUCUAUUUGACGGAUUUUCUUUGGCAAUGAUAGUGGACACGUUCAUUUCCAUAUACCUGAAAUCACAAACUGGGAAAUUUGAGUCGUUUGGCAAAUUCAUCGGCUUCACAAGAGGUCUGGAUAGUAAAGCUUCCUCAGACUACUGGGCAAACGAACUUCAAGCCGCCAAGCGAUCAACAUUCCCAGACGUAGUAUCAGCCAAUUCUGAACAGGUCAAGCAAAGUAGCUCCAUCCAAAGGAGCAUGGCAUUUAGCAAGCCCAAUAACUCCACCAUAACGCAAGCAACGGUCUUCCGGGCCGCCUGGGCAAUUGUUCUUGCAAGAUACUCAGACACAAAGGACAUUUGCUUUGGGGCAACGGUAUCCGGCCGCCAGGCUCCCGUUCCUGGGAUAGAGUCGAUUGCUGGACCAACAAUUGCAACAGUUCCCGUGCGGAUUAAUACCGGCGCGUCAAUCUCAGUCCCCGGGUUUCUCCAGAAGGUGCAAGCACAGGCUGUUGAAAUGGUUCCUUUCGAGCAGUUUGGGUUACAGAAUAUUUCCCGCCUUCACAGUGAGGCUAAAGAAGCUUGCAGAUUCUCCAGUUUAAUUACGAUUCAGCCGAUGAAACAAUUUACCAAAUCUGAGCUCAGCAUCGACCAGUUUAUGACGCCAGAAGACGAGGAUGGAUUCGACGUCGAUGGCAUGUCUUCGACUUACUUUACGUAUCCCCUGGUUGUACAAGUCAAGAUCCUUGAUGGAAAAGUCGUGUUUGACGCGACCUUCCAACCUGAGAUGGUAUCAGAAUCGCAAGUUGAGAGACUACUCCGCCACUUUGAGCACGUCGCGUUACAAUUAUCAAGGCAGGAGGAUGUGCCCCUUCAGAACAUAUCAGUUGCUUCAUCGUGGGACUUACAACAGGCCAUCGAGUGGAACAAAGAAGACGUAUCACCAGUCGAAGUACUCUUACACGACUUGAUUGCAAUACAGGCCGCCAGCAACCCAUCUAAGGAAGCUCUGUUCUCAACCGGGCGUAGUAUUUGUUACGGGGAGCUGGAUGAGUUAUCCACGAAACUAGCCCAUCAUCUCACAUCUCUAGGUGUUGGAAUCGAGACAAUUGUGCCAUUCUGUUUCGAGAAGAGUAUAUGGGCUGUUGUGUCAAUUCUAGGAAUUCUCAAGGCUGGCGGAGCAAUGAUGCCUCUGGAUCCAGCGCACCCAGUCAAGCACCGGCAAAAUUUGGUGAACAAGGCAAAUGCGAAAGUGGUGUUGGUAUCUCCAUCGACAAAGAUGCUUUGCGCAGACAUGACAACUCAUGUGAUACAAAUUUCAGAGGAGUCUCCCAUCUUCCACAACCACCAGCUAGAUUCGACAGAAAGUCUCCCCAGGCCAACCCCAGCAAAUGCUGCAUAUGUCAUAUUUUCAUCAGGCUCAACUGGCACCCCCAAGGGCAUUGUUGUUGAGCACCGAGCAUUUGCAGCUAGUAUCAGGGGCCACGCAAAGAGGUUUGGUAUGGACCACAACUCCAGGGUGAUGCAGUUCUCGAGUUAUGUGUUCGACGUUAGUGUAAGCGAUAUUCUUAGCACUCUGGUGCAAGGUGGCACAAUCUGCGUACCAAGAGAAGAGGAACGCUUACAGGGGACGGCGCAAUUUAUCGAAGAGGCUCGAGCGAAUUUCACAUUGAUGCCGCCGUCGUUCCUGCGGACCCUAGCCCCUGAACAAGUCCCGAGCCUCAAGACACUUCUCGUGGGCGGCGAGGCUCUAACAAAUGAAAUUGUUGAACGGUGGGCAGAAAAAGUAAAACUGAUAAAUGCGUACGGUCCCGCAGAAGCUUCUGUGUAUUCUGUAUCACAUACAUUCAAAUCAUCGAAGGAGAGAGGUGCAACGAUCGGCCGUGGAGUCAGUAAUUUCGCCUGGGUUACAGAAGUUGAUGAUCAUGAUAAACUGGCCCCAAUUGGGUGCGUUGGUGAAUUAGUCCUACAAGGACCGGCAAUAGCGCGUGGAUACCUCGAUGAGGCAGCCAAACAAGAAGAAUUGUUUUUAAACACACUCGGGUGUUUACCUGCAGAUAUUAUCAAAAAAGCACCUAGGUUCUACAGGACCGGAGAUUUGGUCCAGUAUGAUUCGAACGGGCAGCUCGUAUACUUGGGAAGAAGAGAUACACAGGUCAAGGUCAGAGGGCAAAGAGUCGACUUGGGUGAUAUCGAAUAUCAAAUGAAGCGAAAUGGAUCGCAAAUUGAACAUACUGUUGUGGACCUCAUUAAACGGCCGUCCAUGGAGGCUCUUGUCGCUUUUGUGAGCUUCAAAGAUGAUGAACAACGCCAGAAGAUGGGAAGAGCCAACAUCGAUACUGUCAAUUCGCUAACGAGAGCUUUUCUUGGCCAGCUUAGUAAAAAGUUGGAAGCCUGUCUUCCUGUCCACAUGAUUCCCAGCUAUUUCAUCCCUAUCAAGUACAUGCCCCGGACUGGCUCUGGCAAGAUUGAUAGAAAGGUUCUACGAGAACAGGGUCAAGAGCUCUCCACGGAAGAGUUUGUCAAGUUUGCAAUAAACCAGCGACCUGAGUUUUGCGAUUGCAGAAACGAAGUCGAAUUUCAAGUUCGUCGCUUGUGGGCUGAGGUUCUCGACUACGCCGAGCAACUAAUAGGUGUUCACGACGAUUUUUAUGACCUGGGUGGUGAUUCUAUACGUAUUGUGUCUCUGACAAGACGGCUAUUAUCCGAAUUCAACGUGCAAAUUGGUCUAUCAAUGCUUAAUAGCAAGAACACCACAAUUGCGGCCAUGGCAUCUUUGAUUAACAAGACACAUGAACUCAGCAAUUCAGAAAUCGAACCUCCAAAUGAGCCGACAAUAAACUUGGCAGAAGAAAUGUCUCAAAUAAUUUCAACUCUCCAUCCGACAAUCAAAGAAUAUACUGUGAGACCUCCCUCGGUUCAUCCACAACGGCAAGAGACGGUUCUCCUCACAGGUUCCACCGGCUACUUGGGCACACAACUCCUCAAACAUCUCCUUCGGAGCCCAAAGGUGAGAUCCGUGGUGGCUCUCGUCAGAGCAUUGACUCCACAGCAUGGCUUGGAGCGAGUCACGAAAACAGCUAGAAUCGCCGGCUGGUGGCACGACCAGUGGCUUGACAAGCUGGAGAUUUGGACAGGAGAUUUGGAAGCUUCAGGAUUAGGACUCGGGGCCGACCCCUGGGAGAGACUGCUCGGACAAUCUAGAACUGGUUCGAACAUCACAGCCAUCGUUCACAACGGCGCAGUGGUGAACUGGAACGCGGAUUACAACCGGCUUCGUGGCGCAAAUGUCCAGUCCACAGUGGAACUUUUGCGGGCUUCGCUCAAGUCGCCUAUUCGGCCAACAUUUGUGUUUGUAUCUGGGGGGAUGAAGGUGGAUAUUGAGGCAGACAGGUCGGCUACUUCAGAGUCGAUGAGGCAAAAUAUUGGCUAUGUACAGUCCAAGUUUGUAGCGGAAAGCGUGGUUUACGACACGGCAGGUCAAUUGGCGCACGGGCAGAGUCGUGUAUCAGUAAUCAAGCCCGGGAUCAUUAUCGGCAAUUCAUCAGAGGGCGUUGCCAACGUUGACGACUUUAUUUGGAGAUUGGUUUCGGCAGCCUCCAUGCUGCGGCUGUAUCCAGUGGAACCAGAUGGAAGUUGGAUAUCCCUGGCGGAUGUUGAUACCGUCUCCUCCGCAGUUAUUGAACAAGUAUUCGCGGGAGACGUUGCCCCGUUUGUCGACCUUACUGAAGGGAUAUCCAGCAAUCGAUUUUGGCAGCUUGUCAAUUCAGAGCUAGAAGUUGCUUGUGAGCCGGUAUCCUGGCAAGUUUGGAGGCAAAAGGCGUUGGAGCAGAUGAAUGCGAUUGGGGAGGGCCAUCCGCUCUGGCCAGUACAACACUUCCUUGGCGGUCUCGGGCUGUCUAUUGAGACUCCAACGGAUACAGCCUCUUCUCAGAAGCCUGACCUUGCCAUUAAGAUGAAUGUCAAAUACCUGAGGCGCGUUGGAUAUCUGACAUGCCGCAAUCAUGCCACCAUGAUGAAUGGCAACGAAGAUGUAAUUAGCCGGUCGACUGCCGCGAAUGUUAAAUGGUGA